AUGAUGAUGAAUAGAAAUGAUGCAAUGCAGAAGCGAAAAGAAAUUGAUGUUAAAGCAGAAAUAACAUUAAAACCAAAUAUUGCUCAAUCAUUAGCUAUUCCAUUAAGCAAUCGUAAAUUGGAAACUGAUUCAGAUCAUUCUGAUAACAAUAAUUUCUCGGAUGAUAGCAAUCAUAAUUUUGCUAGUCAUCUAAUAGCACAAGGUGGUGAAUCAAAAGCAUUUGGUCAACAACAGGUAAAUAUGUUUGGUCAACAAAUACCACAGCUACCAUUACAACAAAAUGAUUUUGCUUUUGGUUCUGUUCAGCAACAAGGAACUAAUCAAAUUAUUCAACCAGGACAAAAUCAGAAUCAAAUUAAUCAACCAGGACAAAAUCAGAAUCAAAUUAAUCAACCAGGACAAAAUCAGAAUCAAAUUAUUCAACCAGGACAAAAUCAGAAUCAUGAACCAUGCACAACACAAUGUCAACAAACACCAUGCUUUUUAAAUCAAUGUAAUCAAGGCUUAAAUCCAGUUUUAGGAUUUCCUACACUUUUCCCAAUUACUUUUCCAACAUUACCAGGUUUUCCAACUUUGAAGCCACAACCUUUUCAACCAUUUAUAACCAAUACUUAUCCUACUGCAGCUCCACCACCACCACCUCCACCACCACCACAACCACUAUAUCAACCUGUUCCUGUCUCUUCACCUUCUCAACAAUCAUUUCAAUCUAUUCCCAAUUAUUUUGAUCAAUCUAAUUCUGAUCAUGUUGCUUCAUUCAAUUCACCAUCAUAUUUUGAUACAACUGGUGCUAAAAGAAAUGUUAACUCGAACGGUAGAUUUAUGCCACUAUCAAUUGCUCCAAUAACACAUACUCUUACGACACCUGCAAUAAACGCAAUUCCAACACAACAACUUUCCGGAAGACCAAUGCUUUUAUCCGGUAAUCAAAUUCCUAGCAAUCAAGUUACAAUAAGGCCAUUAACAUCAUUUGAAGAAUUUAUGGCAAAACUUGGUUAUCAUAAUGCAAGUUUUGCAACUUUAGCACCAGCAGGUGCAUUAGUAAUUUCACCUGAAUUUACGGUAGCUACUCCAUUUCCUAUUCUUUCACCUUCAUUACAAGCAACAAGUGCUACUGCUGAUAAUCAAGCUCAAAUGUUUAAUCCAAGAACUGGCAUUCAAUCAUAUCAACCAGAUCAAUAUCAUCAUUCUUCUGUAUACUAUAUACCGCAGCAAGAGCAACCAGUAGAUUUGGAUGAUGCAAUGCUACAACGAACAGGCCUUCGACAACUCUGA